GCACCGCCGCGACACAGCUGCCCGAAGCUGACCCCGCGCCAGGUCUCGAACAUUAUCCGUCAGAACGACGUCACCGCGGAACCGGACUCUCGCUGCGCCGUCAAGUACUUCGAGUACAACCAACUCGCCGCCAACCACCCGAUCGAGGACCGCCGCGCCGAGGCGAAGUGCCUCAAGACCCCCGGCAUGCUGUUCGGGAUUUUCGAUGGGCACGGCGGCACGGCGUGCGCACAGGCCGUCAGCGAACGUCUCUUUGAGUACGUCGCCGUCUCGCUGCUCCCGCAGGACGUCCUCGAGGACUGCUCUCGCGCGAUGAAAUCGGACGCGCUCCCCUUCGACCUCCUCGAGUGGUACCGCAACGACGCCGACUACACGAACAUCGAACUCGCGGGCGUCUACCGUCGAAGCCUCGAGCGUUACAUCGACGAGACGCUGUCGGCGAUGGACGUCGACGAAUUCGACAUGGCCGCCGCGCUCGAGAUGGCCGCUCUGCGUCUUGACGCCGACAUCGGACACGAGGUCCUAUCGAGCGGCGGCGGAGGGGAGAGGAUGCACGUGAAUCUGGAGAGCUUGGAGGCGGCGUUCUCCGGCUGCACGGCGUGCGUCGCGCACGUCGACGGGCCGCACCUCCACGUCGCCAAUGUCGGCGACAGCCGCGCCGUUGUCGGUUACCUCGACGACAACGACGCGUGGGCGGCGGCGGCGAUGUCGCGCGACCACUGCGCGGAGAACGCGGACGAGGUCGCGCGCGUGCGCGCCGAGCACGCAGUCGAGGAGCGCCACACGGUGAUCAAGAGCGAGCGUCUGCUCGGCGAACUCAUCCCGCUGCGCGCGUUCGGCGACUUCCGCUACAAGUGGUCGAAGGCGACGCUGCAGUCGAUGCUCGCCGACACGCGCCAGAGCCGGCUGCUCAUCCCGCAGCACUAUGCAUCACCGCCUUACCUCACCGCUCGGCCCGAGGUCGCCUACCGCCGCCUCACCGCCCGCGACAAGUUCCUCGUCAUGGCGACGGACGGCCUCUGGGAGCAGCUCGACUCGGAGAAGGUCGUGAGGCUCGUCGCGGAGCACGUGAGCGGUGCGCAGACUCUCGAUCCGUACGUGACGCACAAAGAGCCGAUCACGUUCGGAGAGGUGAACGGCGGGCUGCUCGCGCGCAAGACGGGGCUCGCGAAUCGCGCCGUCGACACGAAUGUCGCGUCGCACCUGAUCCGCAACGCGCUCGGGCUGACAGACCGCGGCGUCGAUCACGGCAAGCUGUCGAUGAUGCUCUCGCUGCCGGCGGAGGUGACGCGAAACUUCCGCGACGACAUCACGGUGACGGUGAUAUACUUCGACGGUGACUACCUCGCGCACAACUGAGUGAGCGGCUGCCUCCUCCCCCCCGCGCGCGUGCGAGAGAGAGGAAACGCCGUGUGUGGGAGGGAGGGGUGGCGCAGGGUUCAUUUUGCCGGCAUUUGGAAAGAUAUUGCGGGUUCGUUUCACUGGCAUUUGGGUGAAUGGCGUCGGAUUCUAUUGCCGAUAUUUGGACGAUUGGCGCAGGGUUGUUUUGAUGCCAUUUGGACGAACGGGGUUGGUUCGUUUUGCUGGCAUUUGGACGAAUGGCAUAGGUUUGUUUUGAUGGCAUUUGACCAUAUGUCGUGGGUUCCUUUCAACGGCAUUUGGACGAACAGUGUUGGUUAGUGUUGUCGGCAUUUCGACGAAUGGCACAGGGUUGUUUUGAUGCCAUUUGUGCAAUUGCUGCGCUGGGUCGUUUCAUCGCCAGUAUUCGGAUGAACAAUGCAGAAUCGUUUUGCCGGCAUUUGCGCGAACGAUACCCGAUUGUUUUGCCCGAAAUUAGGCGGAACAACACGGGAUUUUUCAUCGGAAAUUGAGCGAGCGAAACCGGACCCUUUCGCCUGGAAUUAGAAAAAUGCCGCGGCGUUAGUUCACCGGUGUUUCGGGCGAAAGACGGGCGAUUGUUUUGCCCAGCAUUUGCGUCAAACGUUGGAAGGCCGAAUGGCGGGCCUUUUCCUCUCGGAAAAACCUUACAGUAUCUUCACACCUCUAGGUGCUUUGAUCUUUUUAGGCUUUCACGCGACGUAGCGCGUAUUCCGCGAGUGUUAAUUAUAAACUGCUUGACCACGAAAAGCCUCAAAUUCUGCAUUUGCUCAAAGGAUAAUAAUUGCAUG